GACAUUGUUACAACCACUGUAGUUGCACGCAUUUUGCAACGUUUUCUUUUCCUUAUAUUGUAUAUUUUAAGUGGCGUUGAGGCUUCUGGCUGUGCUCGCACUUUGAAAGGUCUCUUUUUUAAAAGUUUUCCAGCCGACACGGGUAACAUGCUAGACGCGUGUAUGGUCUUGUAGGAGUCUUUCUGAAAGAGUUGUCGUUAGGCCUGUUCAGGUUAUUUCCAUCACUGCCACUGGCUAACAAGUCCCUAAACAGAAAUGUCACUAGAGGACUAUGAAAGACAUUUCGACUCGCUAAAUUCAGAUUUGGGCGGCGGGUCUGUGGUCAGUGAGCGAUCAGCGUCGGGCACAUUCAAUGGCGAAGAGGAAAAGUUGCAUUACAUUCCUAUCCGGGUCCUCGGGAGAGGGGCGUUUGGUGAAGCAACUCUGUACAGGAGGACAGAGGACAACUCUCUGGUGGUAUGGAAGGAGGUGGACCUGAACUCGCUCUCAGAAAAGGAGCGCAGGGAUGUCAUGAACGAAAUCAGCAUCCUCUCCAUCCUGGAGCACAACAACAUCAUAGCCUACUUCAAUCACUUCAUGGAUAAAAACACUCUGCUCAUUGAGUUGGAGUAUUGCAAUGGAGGAAAUCUGUAUGAUAAGAUCAACCAGAGGAAGGGGAAACUUUUCAGUGAAGAGGUGGUCAUAUGGUACCUGUACCAGAUUGCCUCAGCAGUGGCCCACAUUCACAAGGCUGGGAUUUUACACAGAGAUAUCAAAACUUUGAACAUUUUCCUGACCAAGACUGACCUCAUUAAGCUGGGUGACUAUGGCCUUGCAAAGAAGCUAGACUCUGAGUUUUCAAUGGCAGAGACUUGUGUGGGAACUCCAUAUUACAUGUCGCCUGAAUUGUGCCAGGGAGCGAAAUACAAUUUCAAAUCAGACAUCUGGGCCAUGGGUUGUGUACUUUUUGAAGUCUUAACUCUUACAAGAACAUUUGAUGCUACGAACCCCCUGAACCUGUGUGUGAAAAUAGUCCAGGGGAACUGGACGAUGGAAGUGAACUCAGAUGUUUAUUCGCCUGCAUUGAUCAAGCUGGUGUAUGAGUGCCUCGACCAAGAUCCUGCAAAGAGGCCUACAGCUGAGCAGAUACUGGACCAGCCGUUCAUCUCUUGCUGUCGACAAAAGCUUGAAGAGCGAGUUGCCCUGUUGAAUUCAGCAAUGAAGAAACCCAAGCUGAGUACAGUGACUGAAACCCCCGUUGCUGUGGUGACCACUCGCUCGAGGGAGGCGUACUUCUGGGGGGGAGGGAAGUUCACCCCCCAGAAACUGGACACGUUUAAAGGAGGCAGCAGUGCCCAGCAUGUGUGUGCGGGAGAGAGUCACUUUGCAGUGGUGACAGUGGAGAAGGAGCUGUACACUUGGGCUAACGUCCAAGGCGGAGCCAAGAUGGUGGGCCAGCUGGGGCAUGGAGACCAGGCCUCGUACCGGCAGCCAAAGAGGGUGGAGAAACUUCAGGGGAAGGCCAUCCGACAGGUGGCGUGUGGGGCCGACUUCACUGCCUGUGUUACCGAUGAAGACCAGAUGUACAUGUUUGGGUCAGACUAUUACGGCUGCAUUGGAGUGGAGGGCGUGCUCGGAAUCGAGAUUUUGGAGCCAGUGCUUCUGGAGUUUUUUGAGGAGCGACCCGUCCGCCAGGUUUCGUGUGGAGACAACCACGUAGUGGUCCUGACUCAGAGUGGGGAAAUCUUCUCCUGGGGCUGCGGAGAGUAUGGGCGUCUCGGCCUAGAAUGUGAGGAUGACUUCUCUUCUCCGAUGCAAGUGGCGAUCCCUAAAGGUGCCAUCAUCUCCUCAGUAGCAUGUGGCAGCGAUGGAACCUUCUAUUUGACAGAAACUGGCAAAGUCCUCGCCUGUGGAAACAAUGAAUUUAACAAGCUGGGUCUGAACCAGGGAAUCUCCGGCCUCAAAAACCACCCCGGAGAGGGUUACCAGGGGAUCCCGUACAUCACCACACUGACCUUGGUAAAGCAGUUGUCGAGGUUCACAAUCCAGACCAUAGUUCCUGGGAAGACCCAUACAGCUGCAAUUGAUGAACGUGGUCGUUUGAUCACCUUUGGUUGCAACAAGUAUGGGCAGCUGGGUGUGAAGGACUUCAAGAAACACCAGGGCGUCCAAGUCCUUGUUGGACCCUUUGGAGGAAAGAUAGUGACUAAAGUGUCCUGUGGAGAUGGCUUCACCAUCGCAGCCACUGAAGACAAUCAAAUCUUUGCGUGGGGAAACGCAGGAAACGGGCGACUUGGGAUGCCCCCUGAUAAGGGAUUUGGUUCAGAGGUUUGCCCUGCCAUGCCGAGGCCCAUCUUUGGUUCACUCCAUCACGUGCCAGACCUCUCUUGCCGUGGUUGGCACACCAUUAUCAUAAUGGAGAAGGUUCUCAACUCCAAGACUAUUCGCUCUAACAGCAGUGGACUAUCAGUUGGUAGUGGACUGGGCCAGGGGGCGUCUACAUCCACAGUGGAUCUGGACAUAGAGCCUGGUUCAGAGACAGAGUGUCGUGACAGAGGCCUUGGGGGUACACUGGAGGUUAAUACAGAGGAGUGCCUCAUGGGGACCCCGAUGAUGUCAAUGGCAAAUCAGACAGGGGACAGCUCCUGCCCUCUCUGGCUUAGGAAGGAGCUUGAGGACGCAGAGUUCAUCCCAAUGCCUGAGGACUCUGAGCCAUCCACUCCUGACCAGCUUUCUUCUUUCUCCGAGAGUGUCACUCUACCAUAUGAAGAGCUGAAAGAGCUGAAGGCUGCUGCAGCGGCAGUCAGCAGUAAGAAAGGCCUAUCGACUAAACGAAUGGGCUGUGAUAGCGUCAAUGGACUGGAGGAGACUCGCGUCUGCAAAAAAGGAGAAUCGGGUGUAUGCUGCAGUGCUAGUAGCGAGGUCACACAGCUGCGAGAGACAGUCACUCGUCAAGAGAUGAGGAUCCAGAUGCUUGAGAAGCAGGUCAGUGAGCAGCAGAAGGAGAAUGAGAGGCUUUGGGCGGCAAUUAAUUGUUCAGCACUACGGGAGGCAGGACGUGACAAUAACGGAAACCAUCACUCUGAUCGUAUGCCUGGUGAUGGAGGAGGCAGGGGAGGCGGAUUCACAAACCAUGGGAGCAGAUCCGCAGGGGCCAAUGUGUGAGCCUCAGCCUGGAGAUUUCCAGAUUACAGGAGAAUGGUCACAACUCAUGGCACAUAUUGAAUUAAACAAGCUGGUUAGGUGGGAAGUAGAGGCUCAGUUAGAGGUGCAGCGGAGAGAGCAGCCUCAUGCCCACUCACAGUGGUUACAUUACAGUAUACAUGUAUGGCAGAGCGCUUAAGAUGCAUGAUUACAUUUUACUGCACAUGUAAUACUGUAUGAUACAUUGCACACUCUGAUAUGCACACUUGUGUUCACCUGGGUGCGGCGAUCUAGCUAGUUUCUGCACAGACUGAAAUGUUGGCUGGAUUCAACACGAGGCGUCGGACCUUGACUCCUGCGAGAGACAAUCUGAUCAUAGUGUUACUCUGCAAUGUGAAUGUUAAGUCCAUGUGUUUGUAGUGAUGUCAUCAUUAAGGCCACAGUCCUUAGUGCCUCAGAUAUUAGCAUUUAUCACGUAACAGGUAAGACCAGCUCAAGCAAAUAGGAAACCUUUUGCUAAUGCAUCCAAAGUUAAGGUUUCUUUUUUUUUUUUUUUUGUUCAGACUGGCAGCCAGGAUGUUGUCCAUACUCAUGUUGGCACAGUCUUCUAAUGUGAAAACAAAGCUUGCCUGAUUAUCACUUUACCGAUAAUCAUUUUCAUUUCAUCUGUUAUUCUUAAAAGGUUAAAGUGCCAAAAACAGUAGAGCCUUUAAAACUUUGUCAUAUUUAUCGGACAUGUUAGCUAUUACAAACAUAUUCUAAUUAUCUCAUGCAAAUAUACACUUUUAGAUUUGCAUGUUUUGUUGUCAUAUAAAGAGAAUUUGUGUGAAACACGAAACUACUGAUUUUUUUUAAACAAAUAAGUUACUCUUUCUUAUUGCCUUCUUUGACAAUUGAAUCCUUGUUGCCGCAGCACAUGUAGGUCUGUCUUCUUUGUGAUACAUAUGAACACUUGAACAUUUUUCUUAGAAUGUAGAAAACGUGGUCUUUAAAACAUUCAUAAUAUAGCUGACCUUGCAGCUCUAAUGUUAUUUUUCUUUCCUUAUUGCAUUUUU